AUGCUUAGCUGGGAAUUAGACUGUGAAAGAGAGGGAUUAUAUAAUAAAAGGGCAUAUAAAUGUUUUCUUGUUGAUCAUCUGGUAUGUGUUGCUAUUGCAAAAUCAAUGCCUGUAUUCGAAAAAUUAUCUAUAGGUGAUAAGAUUGCACUUUGUCGGCACGUAUCUGAAAUAUUUCCAGCUUUCACUGGUUCAUUUAUAUCAUGUGAGCUUGGCGUGGAUACGAGGACACGUAAGGAUUGUGUUAUGCCUGCUCUUGGUGUUAUUAAAAAUAAAGAUUUUAUUCAUGAUGAAAAGUAAGCUUUUCCUUAUUACUGUAGAUAUCAUUCCAUUUGAUCCUUCUUUAGCCGAUCAAAUCCCUUUUAUCACUUUCAAAUCCCCGAUAUCUCUUUUAAUCAUUCAAAUCUCACAUUUCGAUUCCCGGCUUCCGUUUUCCGAAAAUUCAGACAAUUUUUCGAGU